CAACCAACCGAGGCAGGCAGAUCGCGCAGAUAUUCGCGAAGGUGGCCAAGGCCGAGGCUUGCUCUCCGUACAAGGUAUACGCACGCUAGAGUCUUAGAAAGCACCAGAGUAGCCGGUGCCAGAGAAAAAGACAGUCUUCAAGUAAAUCGAGUCCAUACUAAGCGCGAGUACAUCGCUUAGAAAGAAAGCGCGGGAAAAAUCGGUUGACCGAUGGAUUUUCAGCGACUUCCAGGUGACGGUGUCGCAUAAAAGAAGACGGAGACCGUCCAGUGUAAGAAAAUCGGUAACAAAACUCGCACGGCGAUAGAAAAUCGGUAAGAAAACCGUCUAGCGCAAGAAAAUCGGCGAGAAUACGGUUCGGUGUAAAGAAAUCGGCAGAAAGAGUCGUACGGCGCAAGAAAACCGGUAAAAAAACUCGUGCGGGGCAAGAGAAUCGGUACGGAGAUUCGUCCGACGUAAGAGAAUCGGUAAGAAGACUCGUCCGGCGCAAGAAAAUCGAUAAGGAAACUCGUGCGGCACAAGAAAAUCGGUAAGGAAACUCGUGCGGCGCAAGAAAACCGGUAAGGAAAUUUGUCCGGCGUAAGAAAAUCGGUAAGGAAACUCGUCCCGCGCAAGAAAAUCGGUGAAAAGGCCCUUAAGCUCGAGAAAUCGGCGAAAGGGUCCUUGAGCUCGAGAAAAUCGCAUUCGGUCGACCAUCGAACGAAAAUCGGGCAAGAUCGGACCGCGACGAAGCAUAACAUGCGACGUUCGGUCGGUUGACGCGUUGUUGAUCGUCCUCGUGCCACGUGUUACGCAGCACACGGCCACGUUAUGCAGUGACGCGGCGAGUCUAGGGAGCCCGUGAUCGGUUGUGCGUGGAGAGUAUGCCGAAGAGUGGCGGCUCGUCGACGAGCACCAUGAAGAACCCGGAGCACGAGAGCGGCUACUUCGAGGACGGAAGUGACGUGGAAACGAACGUCGAGGAGGCGAUUGUCGCCGAAGAAAGGAAGUACGCGUCGACCUGUUACGGGCUGGCCAAGGCCAUCCACGAGCUAGACGUCAGGGACUCCAGCGAGCCGGUUCCAGACCACUACGAGGGCAGGCUGAAUAGAGUAAACCUGGCAGACAGCGGAGGCCAGAGGGUAGACAUGACGCACUUCGAUCUGCUGAAGGUCCUUGGAACCGGAGCUUACGGAAAGGUGUUCCUGGUGCGUAAGAGAACGGGCACAGACGCCGGCCGCCUCUACGCCAUGAAAGUCCUGAAGAAAGCGUCCAUCGUGCAAAGAAAGAAGACGACCGAGCACACGAAGACGGAGAGACAAGUUCUGGAGGCCGUUCGGGACAGUCCUUUUUUAGUUACGCUGCAUUACGCCUUUCAAACGGAUGCCAAGCUGCAUCUGAUUUUAGAUUAUGUCAGCGGAGGCGAGUUGUUUACGCAUCUGUAUCAACGGGAACACUUCACCGAGGACGAAGUGCGAAUCUAUAUCGGCGAAGUUAUUUUGGCACUGGAGCAUCUACACAAACUGGGUAUAAUUUACAGGGACAUUAAGCUAGAGAACAUUCUGUUGGACAAAGAGGGUCAUAUCGUGUUAACAGAUUUUGGGUUGAGCAAAGAGUUCCUGCCGCACGAAAGGGACAGCAACGCCCGUGCUUACUCCUUUUGCGGAACUAUCGAGUACAUGGCACCGGAAGUGGUACGAGGGGGCUCAGCGGGACACGAUAUUGCGGUGGACUGGUGGAGCGUGGGCGUGCUCACGUACGAGCUGCUGUCUGGUGCUUCGCCUUUUACGGUCGAGGGCGAGAAGAACACGCAACAGGACAUCUCGCGCCGGAUACUGAAAACGGAUCCACCAAUUCCUAAUCAUCUCAGUCCGAUCGUUCGAGACUUCAUCCUGCGUCUGCUCGUGAAAGACCCGCGACAGCGACUCGGCGGAGGACCAGGUGACGCCAAAGAGCUUAAGGAGCACUCUUUCUUCAAGAAAGCGCCAUCACCGUUCAGCUGGGAUGCCCUGGAAAGACGCGAAAUCCCGCCACCGUUCGUUCCCCGCAUCACCCAUGAACUGGACACCAGCAACUUCUCCGACGAGUUCACGAAAAUGAUCGCAGCUGACAGUCCAGCUGUGGUUCCUCCCAACCAUGACAAGAUAUUUAGAGGUUACUCCUAUGUGGCGCCGUCUAUACUGUUCGGAGACAACGUGGUCAGUAAAGACAUUUUCAAGGAAGCCACGAAAGCCAACACGGAGUGUCAGAGACCUUCAGCAUCGGACGUUUUAGCAGCCAGGUUCGAGGAGUCCACGUUUUUCCAGACUUACGAGUUAGACCCUCGGGAGGAGGCUUUAGGGGACGGUAGCUUCUCAGUGUGUCGCAAGUGCAGGCACAGGAAAACAUUGGAGGAGUUCGCUGUGAAGAUAGUCAGUCGCAGGAUCGACUGUGGAAGGGAGGCUAGCUUGUUGAGAACUUGUCAGGGUCACCCGAAUGUAGUCAAACUAAUCGAAGUCCAUCAGGACAGAGCGCACACGUACUUGGUAAUGGAACUGUUAUCCGGAGGAGAGCUAUUGAGGAGGCCGAGGCCCUUCAAUGAGCAGCAGGCUAGUAGAAUAAUGCGACAGCUCGCUUCCGCAGUGCGUUUCAUGCACACUAGGGGCGUGGUCCAUCGGGACCUUAAGCCAGAAAAUAUAGUAUUCGCCCACGAAGGAGAGGACUCGCCGGUGAAGAUCGUGGACUUCGGUUUCGCCAGGAUAAAACGUGGUUGCGAGCCUCUGCACACCCCGUGUUUCACUCUUCCAUAUGCGGCUCCAGAGGUGGUUGCCAGGCAAGGCUACGAUCAGAGUUGCGAUCUCUGGAGCUUGGGCGCCAUCUUGUAUUCCGUGCUGUCCGGCAAGCCUCCGUUCAGAACAGGCUCGCCGGACCUGGCAACCAGAAUCAGGGCAGGUGAGAUCGAUUUCGACAGCGAGUCCUGGAGUCACGUGUCUAAUUUCGCCAAACAGGUCGCCAAAGGCUUGCUAACCGUGGACCCAAGCAAAAGACUGACAGCCAGUGGCUUGGCGAAUCAUCCUUGGCUAAACGAGUCUAGUUCGUUUGACAUGACUACUUCAUUCGACUUGACUACUUCGUCCGACGUAGUCACGCUGGAUAACGCCAAUGCCACGCAGGAGAAGCCAGAGGGCUUCCGGUUACGCGAAGUAGAUGGCGCCAGGCUUGCACAACGCAGAAAGUUGCACAAGCGCUCCACCUCUAGUUCCGUGUCAUCGUCUGCGUCUACCACUUCUUCCAGUCCUUCUGUACAACUUCUCCGACCCCCUAGUGCCGCCACUAACCUCGCAUCCUCUGCAUCACCUGCGCAGCCGAGCGCCUUCGACUUUGGCGAGGACAAAGUGAACGAGUACCUCAGCUCUUUGUCUUCUUCCUCUGACUCGAACUCGCCGAGAAUCAUACAGCAGGAGUCGUCUAAGAAGCGGCGUAAACGGGACGAGGACGAGGAGACCAAGUCGAAGAGGCAUAAAAGGCACGUGGAAUGUAACGAGAUGUAUAAAAAUAGGAUUGGUCCGGUGACAAGGUCCAGGAAAAGGAAGCUGGAAGAGCAGACCGUGAACGGGGACGAUUUAGCGGUGAUAGAGUCCUGCGAGACAAGUCAUGUGGACUUCAGGGAGAUCCAUCGGAAACAGAAGGCAGGCAAACGGCCCAAGAGGCUGGCUACCAUUACCGUGGAGUAGAUCAAACUCGCGCCACCUUCUCCUCGUAUCUCUCCUAUGUAUAUGUAUGCAUUUCACGUGAUGUUGUAACGUUGGCUGCCUUCGAAGCUCGACCGAUUCGGGCAACACACAUUGCGUCAUUCCUAUUUCCGGGACUUCGUUCGGGGACCGUUCAGAGUUUGUACAAGCCACGAAAGUGAUGCAUGUUCUAUUUUUUUUCUUUUUUUUUUUUUAUUGCUAAGACAAUGUAACUUAGCAAAGGAGAAUUUAAGUUCAUUAUCUGGCCCAUUACCUAACGGGUUAGGUAGCGUCAGUUGGAUGUUGAGGUUAUGCGAACUGUAUAAAGCAAUAUGGCGGAGGCGAAUUAUUUUACGAGGCGUUCAGUGUUUUUAUAGUCACUUAACCCCCUGUUUUAUUGAACUUUGUGGUAUAAUAGGGAAUUUGGGAGUAUAGGGUAGGUUUGGAAUGUAUCACGAGUACAUUUAAGAUACUUCGACGGACUCAUGCCGGACUCAAACUCGCGUCCCCGAACGACAUUGUUCCUUAUCGCAAUCUUUAAAUUAUUGUAGAUACGUUUAAUUUUAUGCCAUGCUUAGGGUUACGUAUCAUCGAACGGAGCUGCGGAAAAUAGUAUUUUAAGUAGAAAAUAACGAAUACGUGUUCCUCAUUUUCUUCUUUUUUAAAAAAGCCACCGGAAUCUAACCUAAAAGAUUUUACCGAGCAUUCGUCGUUCUCAGAUCACGAUUGCUAUCUGUCCUGUUAGGGAAGCUUCGAAACCAAACGUGUAGACUUUUAUUAUUCUUAACUAUUUUAUAAUAGUCUUUGUAUCGACAUUUACUUUAUAUUAGAUUUUCCAAAUGGUUAUUCGUUUUCUAUCACGAAUACUAUAUCUGACCAGCUUCUCCGCGUCGAUAUUGUGUACAUAAUAAAUUCUCAGAAUUAAUUCAGAAACGUUCUCGUCGCGGGGGAACGUCGACUUGGUCGAUUUGUACAGAAAAACACGAUUCUCCUUCGAAACGCGACGAAAGAUCGACGGAACGAUCCCACGUGGUCGCUUCCCUCCGAUUCGUUUUCUUUCUUCGCGUUGUCUGUGAUCAACCGUGUAAAAACAAAAGCAAAAAGAUGUGUAACGAAAAUGCAAAAAGAAGAAAAAAAAAAAAUAGUAUGAGUCGUCGAAGUGCAUGAUCGUUUCGUCGAAUCGUCGGCUUUCCGUGAUCCUCCUCGUUCCGACCUCCUGAUACUCCUCGCUCCGACCCCCUGAUCUUAGAUCCGAAGCUGAAGGACGGGAGAAUGGGAAAAGCAGACGAAGGGGGAAAGCGUGGAGAGAAAAAAGAAAAAAAAUUGAACGACUUUGUGAAAAAAAAGAAAAAGAAAAAAAAAAUGCCGAUUCUUGAAAAUCACGCAUAGAAAAUGUGCCUCAGAAAGACGAUUUAUAAGGCGUGUGCGAGUGUGGUGUUUACGCGUUUCGAACGAUGGAGUAACGAAUUUGGAAAACGAAAAAGGAAACUCGACUCAUUCGGAAUAAACGUAAUUAAAAAGAAUAUAGGAGGAUGUGGGAAAAAUGUUUAAACGUGGGCGUGUGUACCCACGAAGUUAUUGUACCGGGAGAUGAGUAAACGUAUUGUGGUG